AUGCAGCAUGAGAAAGAUAAAAGGGAGACUACAAAUACGUAUACAAGAAGAGACUCCGGAGUCGCGCAGUCCUGCGCUAAAUUACCGAUGUUCACUGAAAAAUGUACGAAUCGAGCUGCUAUUAUGAACAAGCCUCUACCCCCAGUACCGCGUAUCAAGCCAGCACCAAAGUCAGUCCGAAUGACAGGACUCCCUCCUUCACCUCACCCAAUCACACAGCCCAAAAAUAAAAAAACAUCGUUGACGAAACCCCAGUCCAAAACUGAACCAAAUCCUCCACGGUGGAAGGAAUCUCGCUUGACAGCCCCCCAAACAACCCUAAAGUCCAAAAUUUCAUUCCGAGGCCUACUCACAGCUUCCAAAAACGGCUCAGUUGCGAACAAUGCUGCAAAGCGCGGCAUACGUGAUCAUACACCCCCAACACACUGGCGGGAUGCUUUUGUAGAAUCAGCAUUUGAAGCUAGCAAGUUCAUUAAACAGAGUGCGAUAGAGAAGCUCGAUGAAGUUAUACAUGCAACUCGGAGAAGGAAGAGCUCGGAUGUUAGCUUUAUGUGUCAGGGUGUAGAGAAAGGAGGACUUGACGUGUCGGACUAG